AUGAUUGUGAAGGAUGAUUUCACGAGACGUACAUGGAUGUAUUUCCUGAGAAAUAAAUCAGACGCUGGCAGUGCAUUCCGGACUUUUCUUGCGAGUGUGCGUGCUAAUGGUGUCCCGUCAUUCGUUGAGAUUGUUAGAUCUGACAACGGAGGGGAGUUUUUCGGGGGGGAGUUUGCAUCUGUGUGCAAUGAGCUCUUGAUCAAACAAGAGUUCACACCGGCUUAUAGUCUGCAAUAUAAUGGUGUUGCAGAGCGUGGGCUGGGAUUGAUAGAAGAGGCCGCGAUGGCGGCUCGUAUUCAGGCUAAAGUUCUUUUUGGGCAUGUGCAGUUACCUAAGACUGAUAAACUCUGGGCUGAGGCUAUGCACUGGGCUUGCGAAGCGAUGAAUCACAUCGCGUGUUUUGCUAACCCCGACUCUAUGUCGCCGUAUGAGAUGUGGUAUGGUGAACCUCGUCCCGCUAGACCGUAUCCGUUUUUGAAGCCAGCGCACUGCAGGUGACAGCGACCGAUAAAGCUGCUGCCGAAGGGUGAGAGUUGCUUUUAUGUCGGUCCUUCGAGAGACCACCCGCGUGAUUGUCAUAGAGUACUUACGAGGGCUGGGACUAUACAGGAAACGAGGGAUGUGACGUGGGAGGUGUUGCAGUCACAGCUCCCUCCGCUGCAACCUUCUCUGCCAAUAGAGGUCGCAGAGGAGGGAGGGGAGGAUAGUGACGACAAUGUUGAAACCGAGGUAUGGCCGCUUGUAGGAAAAGGAGUUGCUCACACACUUUUGUAACGUGAUGCAGUGCCUUCUGGUGCGAGAGUCGAGGAGGUUGAGAGUGUUGGCGCAGGAAGUGUAGGCCCAUCAUUUUCUGUUCCAUCUUCCCCUGCUGAACCGUCGUCCCUCGCGAACAGUUCUUCUGAUAUUGUAGCCUCUGUGUCUUCUCCAAUGCCUGUGAAUGACGGGGAAGGCCAGGGAGGGCAGGAAUCAGGGGAAUUAGAGAUGGGGGAUCCGGGAGGGGAU